AUGGAAACAUGGCGAAAAUUACCGUUAGAGUUGUGGAAUUACAUAAUAGAACUUGCUUAUCAAAAUGGUGACGGUGAUUGGAAUGCUGCUCGUAGAGCUUCGCAGGUAUGCAGAUGUUGGCGUGAUAUGCUCCUGUCUAUACCGUCUAUAUGGCAGAAUGUCGAAAUGUACGAGCAUGAUCUAAAUGAACAUGAUAUCAGGCUUUCUUUUGCACUCUUUGUUAAAACUAUAAGGGAUAGAUCGAAAGAUAGGAUAAAGAAUGUCAAAGUUAUCCUUCGUGAGACGAAAGUACCAGGUGUAGCUAUACGAACACUCCUUGAUGAUGAUAAAUUGGACAAGAUUGUCGUACAAUACACAGAAUCUUUUAAUGGGCCUUUCUUUGCACCUCCAACGUGCAAGGCAUUAGAGGCGUAUUCAACUCAUACUCGCAAUGACGCUGUCAUCAUACAAAAUAAUCAUUUUGAGAGCGUGCGUCUCAAGAACGUCCUACCAUGGUCUGUGAAUGCGGAUGACGGCAUCAGUAAUGGUUUGAAGCAUCUUAGUAUAGAUUUACAAGAAAGAAGUAAGGAUAAGAUGACGGCAUACACAAUAUCACAAUGCAAGGAUCUUGAAACCUUACACCUCGAAAAUUUGAACUUCAGUUUACAUGUUCCCGUAGUACUCAACAAGCUCAAAAAGCUAUCCUUAGUUGGCAGCGAAACUCUUUUAAAAUAUUUAGAAGCACCUUCAUUAGAUGUUGCUACGAUAUACGGGCUUCGAGACUCCAGUAGUUAUCUGUCUUACUUAGACGUCCGGCCACUGCGAUAUUUAAGAAUUCAAGUUGAUGAUAUCUCUGACGUCACUUCAAGUGCGUUCACUAACGAAUUCGAAAAUCUGGAGGUUUUACAAAUUGACAACAAUAUUCCUGUCGAUUGCCCUGACGCACGCGACCUACUCAAGCACAUACUAUUAAAAAAGGCAACUGCGAAGCUUAAAGCAAUUAAGAUAUCUUCUGGCUAUCAUAACAUCUCUCCUAUACUCAGGGCACCACAGAAUCUGUCGAAAAUUGAGGAAUUUGUUGUAGAGGACGCGGAUCGUUUCACAACUGAUGCAUCUAAAGACCUUGAUGAUAUUGAAUGGCUAAAAAAGAAUAUACCAAAACUUCAUCACGGUAAUUACUGCAAUUAUGACAAAAAGGAUUCGUAUUUCCCCAUAACAUUCUCGUUUGAUAAUGUUAUAGCUUAG